AUGGCAUCCAAGCGUGUUUCCGUAGUAGUCAUUGGGGCCUCCCAUGCAGGUCUAGGGGUCAGUCACAAACUACUCCGACAAGCGCCAGAAGCAUCAGUCACACUGAUCGACCCAUCGGACGAAUAUUACUUCAACAUCGCUACUCCCCGAUUCCUCGUGAAGCCUGGAAGUUUGCCAUCAAGCAAAUACCUCUAUGAUAUCCGUGAAACCUUCAACGACUAUCCCAGUCGCUCUUUCACUUUUGUCCGGGGACUUGUCAGAAGCAUCGAUUAUUCGAAGAAGUCGGUGUCAGUCACUACGGGCGAAAGUUCCUCCACCGAGAGCAAUGCUAUCUCAGUCGCGUUCGAUUAUCUGGUGAUUGCAUCUGGUAGCACGACACCUGCUACGCUUGGACAGGGCAGUCUGAAGCUUCCUUUCAAGGCAACUGCAUUUGAAGAUACUAGGAAGGCUAUUUCCGAGGCACAGGCGAAGCUACUCAAAGCUACGAGGAUUGUUAUUGGUGGUGGUGGUCCACUGGGAGUCGAACUUGCCGGAGAACUCGCUGAAGCACCGGGCUCAGUCAAGAACAUCACUCUAGUUUCAAAGACUGGCUCAUUGUUGGAAGGGGCAACGGAAACUGUGCAAAGAACCGCCGAGUCAAUCCUACGACGCAAGAAUGUCGAGAUCCUGAAGGAUGUCACCGUCGACCAAGUGACCCAGGAUCCAAAAACUGAGAUCUGGACUGUAACACUGUCCACUGGUCAAACCAUUACGGCAGAUGAAUACAUCUCCACAACAGGGGUGAUCCCAAACAACGAGUUCAUCCCGAAGAGCUUCCUCAACCAGGAUGGAUGGGUGAAUGUCGAUGAACAACUUCGAGUCGUGGAAUACGGAAACAGCCGCAGCGACACUUAUGCACUCGGCGAUAUUACCUGUCAUCCAUAUCGACUCCUCUCCAGAGUCGCAGUUCAAGCGACGACUGUUGCGUCGAAUAUUGCUGCGAGUGUCAGGAAAAACACUCGCAUUGCCAAGUAUUCUGCCAAAGCCCAGAAGAUGAUGAUGGUUGUCCCUGUGGGACAGUCGACGGGGACAGGACACUUGGGUGGAUGGACACUCUGGGGCUGUCUCGUGUGGUUCUUCAAGGGCAAGGACUUUUUGACUUAUGAGGCACCGAAGUUCCUGCGAGGAAAGGUGCAGUGA